AAUCAAUCCCCUUAAAAAAUUUCACAUCAAUUCUUUCCUCCAUCAUCUGCUCUGUUGUUGCUGCUCUCCUCUCUCUCUCUCUCUCUCUCUCUUCUUCUUCCUCUGCCUCGAGCGAAAAAGUGUUCUCUGACCUGACCUGACCUGACUACCACUGCUGGAAAGAGGAGGAACUCCUCAUCUAGGUUUCCCUUUAUUUCAGUGGUUGGUUUUCAUCCGUGGAUGAUGUUAUUAUAAUUUAAAAGACGAUUUUUGUUCGUGAUUUGGUGAAUUAAACUCCUCUCGCCGUGUUCGGAUAGGUGGAUUGGUUCGGAUUGGAUAACCGGAUUGGAAAGCCGUUGUGUUUUUUAGUUAGGGAUUUCGGUGAAAUUGUGGUAUGGAUUAUCGUUGUGAUUUCUGCGGGGAGAAGAGAUCGGUAGUGUACUGCCGAUCCGAUGCAGCAAGUUUGUGUUUGUCCUGCGACUGCAACGUCCAUUCGGCGAAUGCUCUUUCCCGGCGUCACACGAGAACACUUGUUUGUGAAAGAUGCAAUUCGCAGCCGGCUUUUGUUCGAUGUAUCGAUGAAAAUGUAUCUCUUUGCCAGAGCUGUGAUUGGACUGGCCAUGCCGGUUCGAAUGAGGGUCCUGGGCAUAAGAGGCAAACUGUUAGCUGUUAUUCGGGAUGCCCUUCUGCUGCAGAACUUUCGGAAAUUUGGCCUUUUCUUUUGGACUUACCUUCGGUUGGAGAUUCAACUUGUGAGCAGGGAAUGGGGUUGAUGAGCAUUGCCGAUAACUGGCCAAUGGAUAACCAAAGCUCACGAGGCAAGAACGAGGUUCGAGAAAAAGGAUUAGUUGAGGAAGCCGGCGAACAUGGCAUCGUGAAUGUGGAGAAAUCGACGAUUUUGAUGGAGUCUUUGACUCCGUUUCUUGAUUCGAAGAUGCACCAUCUGGAUCAGUCAACUACUUCUUCUGUUCCAAAGCAGGUUCUCUUAUCCGAAGGGAAGGGUCCUUCCGUCUUUGAUGAUGAAGGGCUGUACGAUGAUUUCAACAUGGAUGAGGUCGACUUGAGAAUCGAAAACUACGAGGAACUUUUCGGUGCCGCCCUUGACAAUCCCGAGCAGCUCUUUGCAAACGACGGAAUCGAUGGUAUAUUCGGGACAAAGGACAUUUCUGAAUCCAACUGUGCCGGUGCACUCGCCCCCGGGGGUUCGAAAAUCAGAGGGACGAACAAGAUGCAGCCAGCAUGCAGCAAUGCUGCUUCGGCGGAUUCGGUGUUUAGCUGUAAAACUGAUCCUAACUUAUCGUUUGCACGGCAAGCACAUUCGGGAUUAUCGUUUUCCGGUCUUACGGGAGAAAGCAGUGCCGGAGAUUAUCAAGAUUGCGGUGCAUCUCCGUCGAUGCCGAUCAUGGGAGAGCCUCCAUGGCACCCUCCAGGUCCCGAAAGCUCGACCCCUUCUAGCCGUAGAAACGAUGCCGUCAUGCGUUACAAGGAAAAGAAGAAGGCGAGGAGAUUCGAAAAGAAAGUACGGUAUGCUUCGCGCAAGGCGCGAGCGGAUGUACGGAAACGAGUCAAGGGACGGUUUGUCAAGGCCGGGGAACCUUACGACUACGACCCGUUGAGCCCGAGCCGCAGCUUCUGAUAAAAUAAUGAAAAACUUAAAUUCUCGCUUCGAGCAUUCGGAGGCAACCUCGUUCGCUCGGACCAUCCAUCCUCAACGGGAAAAGAACCCCGACUCCUUGUCGGGUUUGCCCCGAGAGUGAUGGAUGAACUUGCUCGAUGGUACGUUCCUUAACUUAUCUACAUUGAUUGGCUCGUAAAAAAACUUACGUUUUGAUGUAUGUCGUAUAUAUAUAUAUGUAUGUAUGUAUGUAUGUAUGUAUAUGUGAACAUAGCUAGUGUACAUUACGGUUAGGAAAGAUAUAUGUUCGACGACUUGAAAUGGGCUUCGGUUGGUCGGGGGUUUAUCGAACGUGGUUUUUGUCGCCGGUUGGUCGAUUGCGGUGGUUGUCGAUGUUGAUGAUGGCAGCGGCGGCGGCAGCCACGGCGACGGUGAAGGUAAUUGUGCGUGUAAAUGGUUGUGUGUAAGUUACUGUGAGUUUUGAUGAAGGAUUCAUUUCAUGGGGAGAUAUUUGUGAAGGAUUUUUGGGGCCAUGAGAUGUUUUGGUUUAGCCAGAUACCUACACACAUACAUAAGCCUUUUCUUUUCCUUUGGUGCUGUAAUAAUCCUAUGUUAGUUGUUA